AUGGCUCCUAAGCAGCGCGUCAUCGUACAGUCCGGCUCAGCAAAGAAGCGUCAGCCGGAAUCGGGCCUCUCUGCCGUUUAUCACAACAUCACAUCUCCUGAUAAUGCCUCCGUUGUGAAAAGCGUGGUGGUAUUCGGGGCCGCCGUCGCAUUCUUGCAUAGCAGUCUUAGCGAACUGCUUAUUCCUCAAUUGUAA